CUUUCUACCACGUUGUCGAUAUAGAUCAGGGCGUUGUCUGAUAGUACAUCCAUCAUGGCCAUGCAGGUCGAGGUCAACCCUAACGAAGACACCGAAUGGAAUGACAUUCUCCGCUCAAAGGGCAUUAUCCCCGAAAAGCCACAGGACCCAGAACCUCUUAUCCAAGAAGCUCUUGUCGAGGCAGAGCGGAAAGCAUAUGAGAACAGAUUAGAAGAUAAGGAUCUAGACGAGCUCGAUGAGCUGGAAGAUGAAGAAGACGACGAGUUCCUAGAACAAUACCGGCGAAAACGAUUCGAAGAGCUCUCAACUAUCCAACAAACCAGUCUUUAUAACCAAGUAUACCCGCUGCAAAAGGUAGACUACGCCCGCGAAGUCACAGAAGCAUCCAACAAAGCCUUUGUACUGGUCCACCUCACUUCAGCAAGCGGCAACGGCGAGUCGCGAAUUUUGUCAGAGCUCUGGCGUCAAUUGGCCACCAAGUUCGGAGAUGUCAAGUUCUGUGAAAUUAGAGGCGACAUGUGUAUUGAGGGGUAUCCUGAGAGAAACACGCCUACAAUCUUGGUUUAUAAGGAUGGAGAGAUUAGACGGCAGCUUAUCACAUUGAGAGAACUCAAUGGUUCCAGGACCAAGCUUGAAGACCUCGAGAGAAUGCUUUUGGACCUGGGCGCCGUUAAAGAAAGCGAUGUCCGUCUUAAAAAGCGUUCCGAUUCAUUCGAUGAUGACCGUCGUCGAGAGGAAGAGAACCGCGCAAUUGACAACAAUGACGAUGAUGACUGGGAUUAAAAAGGAAUGAUGCUUAAUGCAAUCUUAUAAGAGUAUCAUGACUACAAUUGUACAUGAAAUGCCGAAUCUACUACAUACAUAGAAAACCACGUUUUCGGGGAAUUUAUCGCCCCGCUGGACAUAGACAUACUGCGAUGCUGUCUGGAUAAGCUUAAAGAUCUUAGGAAACUUAGCUCCCGAAGAAUUCAAACAUGCAAUUCUA